CAGUGCGGAACUAAGCGCCGGCCGCGAGCUUCCCGCCGCCACCGCGCUCCUGCUCGGCACUCGGUACCGCGCGCCCGCCCCGUCGCCAUGGCCGGGCUUGUAGUCAGUGGAACUCAAGUGUCCUACAUAGGCCAGGACUGCAGAGAGAUCCCAGAGCACCUUGGCAGGGACUGUGGACACUUUGCAAAGAGGCUUGAUCUGAGCUUUAACCUUCUGAGGUCACUGGAAGGACUGAGCGCGUUCGGGAGCCUGGAGGAACUCAUCUUGGACAACAAUCUGCUCGGCGAUGACCUCGUGUUGCCGGGGCUACCCAGGCUCCACACCUUAACCCUCAACAAGAACCAAAUCACUGACUUGGAGUAUCUGCUUGAUCACCUGGCAGAAGUGACACCAGCUCUGGAGUACCUUAGCCUCCUGGGGAAUGUGGCAUGUCCCAAUGAGCUCGUCAGCCUGGAAAAGGAUGAGGAAGACUACAAGAGAUACAGAUGCUUUGUUCUGCACAAGCUGCCCAAUUUGAAGUUUCUGGAUGCUCGGAAAGUAACCAAACAAGAACGAGAGGAAGCUUUGGUCAGAGGGGCGUUCAUGAAGGUGGUGAAGCCCAAGGCCUCCAGUGACAGCGUUGUUGUCUCUCCUAAGAGCCGCUACACACCCCUGCCUUCUGCUUCCAGGGAACUCACCAGUCACCGAGGUGUCCUGGGGAAGUGUCGCUAUAUUUACUACGGGAAAAACUCAGAGGGCAACAGGUUCAUCCGUGAUGACCAGCUCUGAAAGGCAAGUUCUCUAUGCCUUAGCCAGUGACAUGAGAGUUAGAAAAAAAAAAAAAAAAAAGCAGAAAUAAAGGAAAAGCAAAA